CUCGCAUAGAUGUCGCGAUAUAUUAACUGUCAAAACAGUAGCCGUCAUCCCGAUAGGUUAUAUGCCAGUCAUCCUUAAAACUUGCAAAUAUUAUCGAAAUAAUCGAAAAAUGGGUUCGGUAAAACCAAUUACGGACGAAACUCAUUUCGCUACCGAAUUAUCCAACGCGUCUGGUCGUCUAGUUGUGGUGGAUUUUACGGCAACAUGGUGUGGGCCCUGCCAAAGAAUGGCUCCUGUUUUUCAACAAAUGGCCACCAAGUAUCCCAGAGCUGUGUUCUUAAAAGUAGAUGUUGACCAAUGCCAGGAAACUGCAGCCGCCCAAGGAGUAUCGGCUAUGCCUACAUUCAUUUUCUAUAGGAAUAAGACGAAAAUUGAUAGGCUUCAGGGAGCUGAUCCUACAGCUUUAGAGAGUAAAAUAACACAGUACUAUGGAUCGGAGGAUACUGAAGAUGCUGAGGGUGUUUCUGGACACAUGGACUUGCAACCAUUCAUCACCAAGGCUGAAUGUGAAUGUUUGAAUGAGAGUGACGAUCAUACUUUCGAACAUUGUUUAACUUCUGGAGGAGGUUACCUUCAAUCUGAUUGUGAUGAACAGUUGAUAAUUUCUGUUGCCUUUAACCAAGCAGUAAAAAUCCAUAGUUUGAAAUUCAAAGCUCCAGCUGAUAAAGGACCAAAAUAUAUUAGGAUUUUUAUUAACCAACCGAGGACUUUGGAUUUCGAUUUGGCUAACAGUUACACUAGUGUACAAGACUUGGAAUUGACCCCACAAGAUUUGGAAGAUAAUCCAACAAACUUGAGAUAUGUAAAAUUUCAGAAUGUUCAAAAUAUACAGCUUUUUAUCAAGGACAAUCAAUCUGGAGGAGAAGUAACUCAAAUUGACCAUUUAGCAUUUAUUGGGUCUCCAAUUUGUACCACAAACAUGGGUGACUUUAAAAGAGUUGCAGGAAAGAAGGGUGAAAGUCACUGAAAAUGUUUAAAAUUAUAUUUAAUUUACAUUUUUGUUACUCAAUAUAUGUACUAAACUUUU